AUGAUGGCCACGCGUAUUUCGCCAUUCUAUCGCCUAAAUUUUCUUCCCUUAUUUCUUUCUUUAAUUCAAUUCAAUAAAUGCAGUGAAAGUCUUUUUCCUUUUCAUCUGAUUAAAUCUACACUUUUCUUUCUUUCUUUCUUUCUUUCUUUCUUUUUCUUUCUUUCUUUCUUUCUUUCUUUCUUUCUUUUCUCCCCUUCCCUUAUUCUCCUUCAUUUCCUCCUUCAUUCUUUUUUUUCUGUCUUUUUUAUCGAUUUCCAUUUUUCAUUGAAUUUGCAAUUUCUGUCUUUCAUCCCAUCUUUCUUUUUCUACUCUACACCUUUCUUUUUCGUUUUUUUUUUUUCUUUUUCCACUCUUUCUCAUCCUUUUUUUUGUUUGUUUGUUUCUUUCUUUUUCUCAUCUAUUUUCCUUUUUCCUUUCAUUUUUCAUUUUCUUUUCUCUUUCUUUUCUUUUCUUUUCUUUCUUUCUUUCUUUCUUUCUUUUUUUUCUGUAUCCCUUUCUUUUUCGUUUUUCUUUAGUUUUCCCUUAUUUCCCAUUCCAUUUCUUCCUUUUUUUAUUUAUUUAUUUUUUCUCUCCUAUUUACCUUUUCUUUCUUUCUUUCUUUCUUUCUUUCUUUCUUUCUUUCUUUCUUUCUUUCUUUCUUUCUUUCUUUUCUGCCCGUUCUCUUCGUCUUGGCCUCUUUCUUUUUUUGUGCGUCUGUUCGGCAGAAGUCCAAGAAUCAUCGCGGCAUUUAAUAGCACAUAA